AUGGAUUUAAUUUCAUGCUACAAUCAAUAUUCUUUACAAGUUUCUGAAACUACAUCCUCCUCAUCAUCAUUUUCAUGUUCAAAUUAUACACCAAAAAAUUCUACUAAUUCAUGCAUAAUUUCCCCUAAUAAUAACACAAAUAUAAUUCCAUCAACACAAACAGCGGUUUCAUGUUUAUAUAAAACCACCUUAACCACCGGUAUCCACCACUACAUAACCGUCACAUGGUACCGGAGCACCACCACACAAGGCCUUCAAAUCAACUCCGGCGAUGACCCCGCCACCGCUUUCCGGCUAAACACACAUUCAAGGCUUUUUCGGAAGAAAAAAGGGACUAAAUUAUUUGACAUUAAUGACUCAAAAUUUGAAGUGUUUUAUGAUCUUUCUUCAGCUGUGUACGGCGCCGGCGCUGAACCGACAGAUGGGUCGUACUAUGUUUUGGUAAUGGUUGAUUCCGAGGUUGGUUUGUUGGUCGGCGACUUGCCGGAAGAAACCCACAUCAAGAAAAUGAGAACCCAUAAACAGAUCGGAAAAAGUUUGUUGCUUUCCCGGAAAGAACAUUUUUCCGGCAAUACCCUUUACGCCACCAAGGCUAAAUUUUCCGAUACCGGAAAUUUUCAUGAUAUUUUGAUCCGGUGUACCGGAGAGAAUGAUGGGUUGAAGUAUCCAGUUUUAGUUGUGUAUAUAGAUAAACGGGUCGUGAUUCGGGUCAAGAGAUUACAAUGGAAUUUUAGAGGGAAUCAAACUAUUUUUAUGGAUGGAUUAUUGGUGGAUUUGAUGUGGGAUGUUCAUGAUUGGUUUUUCGAAUCCGAGUCGGAGUCGGGUUCUGGGUCCGGGUCAGGAUCCGGUCCGGGUCAUGCAGUAUUUAUGUUUAGAACAAGAAGUGGGUUGGAUAGUAGGUUGUGGUUGGAAGAAAAGUAUGUCAAGAGUAAUGAUCAGAAAAAUGGAUUCUCAUUGUUAGUUUAUGCUACUAAAAGCUAA